AUGCCAAUUACGAGUACUUCUCGAUUCCAUAUAAAUUAGAUGAUCUAUUUUAAGAGUUACUUGCCUUUGAAGAUCGAUAUUAAAAGGGUUCAGACAAAUAUGAUGUGAUUCAAAAAUUAGUUGAUUUAUAUGCAGUUUUAAUAGAACAUUAUGAUAGUAUUCAAGUAAUAAUAACAGCUAAAAAUAGGACCCAGUUGGAUAUUAUUUUAAUGAGAAAUUGUAAUCUUUAUUUGCAUGUCAAAGAGCAUUAAAGACCAUUCGUAAAAUAAAUCAAGAUCAAGGUACAUUUAUAGCUAUUCAGACUUAAAGUUUAUAAAUUUAAGAGAUAAAAAGUAUAGAAAAUAGUCAAGAGAGUACAAAAGCAAAAGUAUGAAUAUAAUAAUAUUGAAUAGUAAGUGGUUUGUGUAGAAUAGAAGAAAAGAGAACGGCAGACAAAGGCAAAGAUAGCAAUGGAAAUUUAAGAUUAAAUAGAAUGUAAUAAGAAUAGUUUAGAAAAUAUGAUAUAAGGAUAUCAAAAGACUUCGCAUUAAAAUUAGAAGGUGAUUGAGGAAGAUUUAAAAAGAUAGGAUGAUAACUUUAUAUAAAGAAGAUAAAAAAGAGAGAGUAAAAGAUUAUAUAUUGAUUUAAUAGAAACAACACAAAUGAGAAGAUCUAGUAGAAUUUGUUCAACAAAAUGUAGUACAGAACGAUUGGAUGUUUUUGACAGCUGUAUAGAAUUUUCGAAUGGAGGAUAAGAAUAGAUGAGAGAAUAAAAUAAUAAUAAUAAACUAAUGUAGUUUUUAAAAGAAAAAUCAGAUUAAGUUAGUUCAGAUAAAAAUUAGUAUUCAGAAUGCGCAUAGAUAGAAGAUGUAUAACCAUUUGAAGAUGUGAAAGUGGAAGAGACAGAUGAUAUAGAUAAUAUUAUUCCAAGAAGAUAAAUUAGAGAAUCUUCUUCAGAAGAUUUAAAUGAUUCUCCACCUUAGUAAUAAAGACAAGUAAAGUAAUUUGGAGUGAUUAAUAAUGAUGGAGAUUUAAUAUUAAUGGAGAAUGAAUAGAAUCUGAUCAGUGAUUUAAAUAUUGAAUUAAAUAAUAACUAUAAUUAGAAUGAGAUUUGA